AAGGCCAUGAUUUAUGCUACUCUCCACUUUGCGAAACUUCCCUUUUUCUUUUUUUUUUUGCUUAUUCUUUGCCCCAUUCUCUUCCUUCACCACUUCUCUUCUUUUCAGCUAGGUGGGACUACUUACAGCUUUCCCUUCAUCUUUCCUUGUUGACUUCAAAACUCUUAUUUUCCCAUUAUCUCUUCCAACGACUCAUCAUCAUCAACUUAAGCUUCCAUGGGCAAAUGUCAUCCUUGCCCGCCGCUGAAGUCCUUAUCCAGCAGAAUAGGAGGCAUGCUAUGCAAUUACGGUUCAUCAAACAAGUACAAGAAGUUGGAUUCAAAGCUUGAAAGGAAGAUGAUUGAAAUGAAGAGAAGUGCAUCAGGACAAUCUAAUUUCAAAUCAAUUGACAGCAUAAUCUUGAGGUUCCCUCAGUUCAGGGAAGGAUUGAGAAACCUCAGAGGCGUGUUCGAGCAGUAUGAUGAAGACUCCAAUGGAACUAUUGAUCGCGAGGAACUGAACAGAUGCUUGGAGAAACUGCAACUUCACUUUACAAAAGAGGAGGUUGAGGAUUUGUUUCAUUCAUGUGACAUUGACGGGAGCGAAGGGAUUCAAUUUAACGAGUUUAUUGUGCUGCUAUGUCUCAUCUAUCUUCUAAUGAAGCCUUCCUCCUCUCCUGAUAAUACAUUGAAGAUGCAUUCCCUGCAACUUGAGGCCACUUUCGAUACUAUUGUCGAAGCAUUCUUGUUUCUUGAUAAGAAUGGUGAUGGAAAACUUAACAAGAAAGACAUGGUGAAGGCACUAAAUGAAGCUUCUCCAUGGGAGCGCUCCCCUGCACGUGUCACUCGGACUAGAUUCAAAGAAAUGGACUGGGAUAAAAAUGGAAAAGUCAGCUUCAGAGAGUUCCUCUUUGCUUUUAUUAACUGGGUCGGAAUUGAAAGUGAUGAAGAACUACCUGAUUCGGGGACCUAAUGACACUCAGAAGGGCUACAGGAUAAAUCUGGAUGAGGUCAGAUUAAGAUUUGUUCAUAUGCCUAAGACAUCCCAAGUACUUACUUGAACUAUUGUUGCUACAUCAUGUCAUGUAUAUCUUUGCAGUUUUCUUUCAAAUGAUAAAAAUUCGAGAUGUCCUGUUAAAGCAAUGAAUUUAUGUUGUAAUUGGCAUGAA